AGGGGAGAUCGCAACAUCGCGGAGUGCGCAGCGGUGCCAAUGCGAACGGGAACAGCCAUCUCGAUCAAGAUGCCGGUAGCGGUAGCACUGGUCACGGUCUGCGCAUUUUCAGCAAUGGCCCUUUCACCCUCGGGCCCCCUUUCUCCUUGCCGGUACCCUUUUCCCUCUUGCCCCUACUCCUCCGCCACAAGAGCCAGUGGAACACGCUCCCUGCCGUCCCUACGAGUACUUGCACUGCUCCUUCCCUUCCCUCCCUGCCGCCACACCGCCCUAUUUCUCCCCCCUUUCUCUCGGAUCUCCUCCGCUUUCGUUUCCUUCUUCCCUGUUCACAUAAGAGCUACAAGGUUCCCUCCAGAUUCUACUAUUCCAUCGACGAAGCAGUCGGUAAACUUCCGCCCGAAGACAACCAGUUUCCUUUUGCCGGUUGCCAUAGCGUUUACUACCCUCACGGCCUUUAUCCCCCUUUCAACUCUCUCCCCUCUGGAAUCCUCAGGCUCGAUACAAACAUGGCUACUACACGUGCCCAGUUCGAAGAAGUCUUCACUAAUGUCGUUGUCCCUGAAUUGAUUGCCGAGAUUAGGAAGACCCAGGUUUCCGAGAAUGCAAUUCAGUGGGUUGAGAGGGUUUGUUAUCUUUUUUCUUCUUUUUUUUUACCCUUUGUUCGAUUGAUCGGCUCGGUCUUGUUGUUUUUGCUGCUAUUCAGUUGAGUGAUCUCAAUUGCUAAUAAGAACAUGUUGGUUGAAGAACUUUCUCCACAACACCCUUGGGGGAAAGUACAACCGUGGAAUGACCGUUCCGGACACUUACCGUCUCCUCGUUGGGAAAGAGACCCUUAGCCUCGCAGAAUACAAGCUUGGCGCGAUUCUCGGAUGGUGCACUGAAAUGGUUGGUUACCUGUCCCGCUUCCCUUUUGAUAUUUAUAUUAACCUCUUUUCGGUAAAGCUUCAAGCAAUGUUCCUCGUUGCCGACGACAUAAUGGAUAGUUCCAAGACACGCCGGGGCUCCCCCUGCUGGUACCUGAUGGUAACGCCCUAACUCUUACUACGACCCCUUCGUGUCAGGGUCUGACAUGAUCUUUUAGGAAGGUGUUGGGUCCAUUGCUAUCAAUGACUCGUUCCUCCUUGAAUCAUCGAUCUACGUUCUUUUAAAGAAAUAUUUUAAAGGGACCGACUACUACAUCGACCUUGUCGAGCUUUUCCAUGAUGUGAACAACCAUUUCUCCUACCUUUUAAUUCUCGAUGAUGCUAAGACCUUUUAGGUUACCUGGAAAACGGAACUCGGUCAGCUUGUGGACCUUCUUACAUCCCCCGAGGAUAGUAUUGACUUGAAUCGUUUUAACUACGACAAGUACUACUUCAUUGUUCGCUACAAGACCGCCUUUUACUCCUUUUACCUCCCAGUUGCUCUUGCCAUGUAUCAGGCUGGGGUCGCCACUCCAGAUAACCUGAACCGCGCUCGCGAUGUUCUUAUUCCCCUUGGUGAAUACUUCCAGGUUCAGGAUGACUUCCUUGAUUGUUACGGUAAUCCCGACUAUAUUGGUAAGAUUGGUACCGAUAUCAUGGACAACAAGUGCGGAUGGUUGGUAAACAAAGCCCUCGAAAUUGUGACUCCCGAACAGAGGAAGCUUUUGGAGGACAAUUAUGGUCAGAAGAAUGCGGCUGCGGAGAGGAGGGUCAAGGACCUUUACCUUGAGUUGAAGCUUGAAGAUCAUUAUAGGCGUUACGAAGCUGAGAGCAUCGUGAUGGUUAAGGGGUUGAUUGAUGGUGUGGACGAAUCUGAGGGGUUGAAGAGAUCUGUGCUUGAAGGUUUCCUCAACAGGAUUGCAGGAAGAGAUAAAUAGAUAGUGUUUCGCAGUUCUUGAUGGGUUAAUUAGAAGGGUGGAAUACGGGAAAUUAUUGCCCUUGCUAAUCCUGCCUGAGGGAUGAGAAUAAACGUCUUAGCGUUCCGAUGUGGUGCUACAUUUUCUUGAAUGGAAGUUCGUACUCGAGUAGAGUAAUCACACGGGCACAGGGGUUAGCUACUAAAACCUAAUCUGACCAGUCAAAAGCCAGAUAUCUAUUGCCGGCAGCUUGGGGGAGGGGCCUCCCGUGCUGUAUGAUGAGUCACAACGGCUGAUCUUUGAAGCGAGCUACAAGUAACGCGACGGUUGCGCUA